AUGGCAGAGAAAACUCAUGAGAGCAAAAAAACAAUCCCGCCGUACGUGAAGGCGCUAUCGGGGUCACUGGGAGGUGUAAUGGAGGCGUGCUGCUUACAGCCGAUUGACGUCAUCAAGACUCGUCUCCAGCUGGACCGGUCAGGUUCGUACAAGGGAAUUAUCCACUGCGGCACCACCAUAACUCGAAAUGAAGGUGUGCGGGCAUUAUGGAAGGGAUUGACUCCAUUCGCCUCGCAUUUGACUUUGAAGUAUACUCUCCGGAUGGGUUCCAAUUCCGUCCUGCAGUCGGCGUUCAAGGACUCGCAAACGGGUAAUCUCAGUCACCAUGGGAGGCUGCUUUCCGGAUUCGGGGCGGGCGUGCUAGAAGCUAUUGUUAUUGUCACGCCAUUUGAGGUGGUGAAAAUCAGACUACAGCAGCAGAAAGGAUUGAGUCCUGAACUUUUGAAGUACAAAGGACCUCUACAUUGUGCUCGUAUGAUCAUCCGCGAAGAAGGUAUAAUUGGUCUGUGGGCGGGAGCUGCUCCAACUGUUAUGCGCAAUGGGACAAAUCAGGCUGCCAUGUUUACAGCCAAGAAUGCAUUUGAUGGGAUUUUGUGGAACAAACAUGAGGGUGAUGGGAAAGUGCUCCAGCCAUGGCAGUCCAUGAUAUCAGGAUUUCUUGCAGGGACGGCUGGUCCAGUAUGCACUGGGCCCUUCGAUGUUGUAAAGACGAGGCUAAUGGCUCAGAGCCGUACUGGAGGUGUGUUGAAGUACAAAGGCAUGGUUCAUGCUAUCAAAACUAUAUAUGCUGAGGAAGGUUUGCGUGCAUUGUGGAAGGGACUGCUGCCGCGGCUUAUGAGGAUCCCACCUGGUCAGGCCAUUAUGUGGGCUGUAGCUGACCAGAUAACUGGCUUAUAUGAGAGGAGAUAUAUGAAGAAUGCAUCAUUAUAA